UCUGGUUCACAUGCGAGUGCGAGGUCAUUCCCAUUCCAUUUGCUUCUUCUCUUCUCCUCCUUCAAACGACCAUCGAAGCUUUUCCAUUCCAUGGCCUCUCGCGUGUCCUGUUGACCUCUUAUCUCAUACAUGUAGCUAAGAUUUUUCUUCAAACUUGACGAGAGAGAGAGAAAAAAAAAUAAUAAAAUAAAAAAGAAGCUAUAAAUGGCAGAUGUGUUUCGAUUACCACUCCACUCGCUUCGCUUCUCUUCCUCUGUGCUCACCUCCUUCGCCUCUUCCUUCAAUUCCCUCCAACCGGCUCUCCCUCUCAACGAUAAGAGACUUCAUCCUCUUUCCUAUUCCUCCUCUUCUUCUUCUGUUGCUCGCCUAGCUUUCAGACGCAGAGACCACUUGCUCUCUUUCAAGGUGCAGGCAACUAUUGCUGAAACGGACCAACCAAAAUGGUGGGAAAAGAAUGCACCAAAUAUGAUUGACAUUCAUUCUACUCAAGAGUUUUUGAGUGCUUUAAAAGAGGCUGGAGAUAGAUUAGUUAUCGUAGAGUUUUAUGGGACCUGGUGUGCUUCUUGCAGGGCUUUAUUUCCCAAGCUCUGUAGAACAGCUGAAGACCGCCCUGAGAUUGUAUUCCUUAAAGUUAAUUUUGACGAGAAUAAGCCAAUGUGCAAAAGUCUGAAUGUGAAGGUGCUUCCUUAUUUCCAUUUCUAUCGUGGAGCUGAUGGACAGUUGGAAUCCUUUUCGUGUUCACUCGCUAAGUUUCAGAAAUUAAAGGAUGCCAUUGAAACACACAACACAGCUCGUUGCAGCAUCGGGCCGCCCAAGGGAGUCGGAGAUCUUCCGCUGGAACCUUAAUUAGCUGCAAAGGAUAAAUCAAAAGAAUCUCCUUCAGCAUAGUUAAUCUCCCAGUCUACCUAUUCUACAAACCGAAGUGAAUUUGCAUAGCAUUUAAUUAUCUUUGUAAAUUUGGAUUUGUAUGCCUAAAAUUAUAUCCUGUCCCCAUUCUUUGCAAAUCUUAGCUUCAAUAUUUUGUGUCCCCCAAAAUUAGUGGCUAUGAAAUUAAAAUUCUUUAGUUCUUAAUAUGUAUUUGAAUGAUACAUUUUCUCUC